UCGACACACUAGCCAAUAUUCUAGGCACUAUAGUUGUAGCGCUUAUUGGCGUGUGAACUCACUUGCAUGGAUUACAAUGAGUAACAUAUACAUACAAGAACCACCAACCAGCGGAAAGGUUUUGCUGGUGACAUCUGUUGGCGACAUCGAAGUUGAGCUGUGGUCCAAGGAGGCACCACGUGCUUGCCGCAACUUCGUGCAGCUCUGCCUCGAGGGCUACUACGAUGACACCAUUUUCCACCGCAUGGUCAAGGGCUUCAUUGUACAGGGAGGCGACCCCACAGGCACUGGAGAUGGCGGGGAGUCCAUUUAUGGUGCACCCUUUAAGGACGAGUUCCACUCCCGACUGCGCUUUGUCCGUCGUGGCCUGGUGGCCAUGGCAUCGGGCGGUGCCGACGACAAUGGCAGCCAGUUCUUCUUCACCCUUGGCUCCUGCCCUGACUUGCAGAACAAGCACACCAUUUUUGGAAAGGUGGUUGGGGAAACACUGUACAACAUGCUGCGCCUCGAGGAAGGCCUGGUGGAUUCAGAGGACCGGCCCCUGCACCCGCACCGGGUUAUCGCCACACAGGUUCUAGUGAACCCAUUUGAUGACAUCAUUCCCCGCAAGGCGCCGAAGGACACAACUGAAGAGCAGCUGGCACCUGCUCUUUCCACUGCUGCUGCAACCAGGCAAGUGCUAACUGCACGGCACCUUCCUCUCUUAGUCAUGGCAGUUUCCACAAUAUCCUCUUCAUUCUCUUUAGCUGUGACAAGGUCAAAUCUGACCUUUUCAUUACAUUGACAUCAGCGUAACAUC